AUGGCGCGUGGGGAUGCAUCGGAUGCAGCCGGCGUCUGGGGCUGGAGCAAGGAGCUAACCGGCCUCUCGGUUGCAGCCAGCCGUUCCUGCGAGAAGCAGGGGAGCAGCUGCCCUGCAGCGCAGCCCCAGCAGCCUCCGGCCUCUUCUGCGGGAGGGGAAGGGACGCCACGACCAGCCUACGCGGGGAGCAGCGACACGUCUUCAGAGACCUCGGAGGACUCGGACAGCAGCCCUUCCUGCCCGCAGGUACGGCGCCCUUGCUCAAAUGAAAACCUCAAUUACACAUCCCUGGUCUUCCCGGGGAAAGGCCACGGGCCGGGCUCUGUGGGGGACUACGAGAACAUGAAGACUGGAGCAGACUACGUCAACGUGGACCCCAAGAAGAGGAAAGUGGAUUUCUGGCCCUGCUCCAGCCCCGUGGCAUCCAAGUCCAUCGAGUACUCCGAGGUGAAGCUGUGA